AUGCUGGAAGUAAAAAGCGAGGCUGUGGUGAAAAGAGAGGCCAGAGCUCGCAGCUAUGAGCAGCAAAUGUUCGACUGGGCAAAGGACCUAUUGUGGAGAAUAUUUGCUCAGGAAAAAAAGAAAUUCCCCAAGGAAACUGCCGAAGCUAUUUCACAGAAAGUGUACGAAAUAGUAUUGAAUGGACCAGAGCCAUGGAUAAUAGAAGCGAGACAAAUUCAAGUAAAGGCUGUAAUACUGCUUGAAAAUGUCAAGCGUAAAUUCAAGGAAGAGCUGAUUAAAAGAGCGGACCUGGAAGAAGCACAGCAAACAAGCAAAGCGAAGAAAACUAUUAAUUGUACUACAGAAAACUUUGAGAGUUUACAAAGGGAAAUGUCGGUACAAAAGGAUACAGUUAAGCUCUACUGUGAUCAAAGGCCAUGGCGCACACGGAAACAGAGGAAGGAUUAUCUAAGGAAACAAAAAGCAGUAGUAUUUCUUGAACAGAAAUACAAAGCCCAUCAACUGGCUAGAAGGCAUAGAACCACAUUUAUUCAGAUGAAAUCCUCCUCCAUUGUUAUGCAGCAGGCUUUAAAAAAGCAAAUGGAAAAGCGCAAUCAGGCAGCAAUCAUUCUUCAGUCGUACUGGAGAUGUUUUAAGGCUAAUCAGCGAGAUUACAAUCAAAAGAGGCAAGCAAUUGUAAAACUGCAGGCAUUAUUUCGCAUGAAAAUCCAGAGAGAUUUUUUUCUGGUCAAAAAGAUGGCUGCCUGUAAAAUUCAAAAGUGGUUCAGAAAUGAAUUACAAAGAGACAGGGUUAAAACAGAAUACCAGAGAAAGAGACACUCGAUAGUAGUUCUUCAAAGUGCUGCAAGAGGUUGGAUGGCUAGAAAACAAGAAAAACAAAGAAAAUUCCUAAUUAUCCGAAUCCAGUCUGUGGCCAGAAAAAUAAUAAAUGAGCGGAAGUUCCAGAUUUGGAGGAAAUAUACUGUGCUUUGUCAAAGGCGCUUUCGAGCUAAGUUGCAUGGCAGAUUGAUCCGUCGUCAGUAUUUGACCCUCACUGCAGCAGCUGUGACAAUACAGUCAUGUUACAGAGGACUUCAGACUAGAAGGCUGAUGUUGCUUGAACAAGAAAGUGCCAGGAGAAUUCAGUCAUGGUACAAAGGCAGAAAACAAUACAUAUUGUGCACAGAACUAAGGCAAUCAGUCCUUGUUUGUCAGAAAACUUACAGAUCUAGUAAGUUAUCACAGUCAGAUCGAAGGAAUUUCUUGGUCCUUAAAGGAGCUGUUCUUGCUAUACAGGCAUUUUAUAAAGGUUACAAGACAAGAUGCAUGUACCAAAGAAUGGAGCAGGCCAUAGUGUUGCUCCAGGCUGGUUCUAGAGGUAUGCUAGAGAGAAGAAGGAUCAAAGGACUUGUCAAGGAAAAGGCUGCAAUUGUACUACAGAAAACAUGGAGAACUUACAAAGUGAAAUGUUGGUACAAAAGGAUACAGUCAAGCAACACUGUGAUUCAAAGAGCAUGGCGUGCACGAAAACUGAGGAAAGAUUUUCUAAGGAAACAAACAGAAGCAGUAUCUCAACAACAAAAAUACAAAGCUCAUCAACUGGCCAGAAGGCAUAGAUCCACAUUUAUUCAGGUGAUAUCGUCAAAUGAGAAACAGCAAGCUCGGGAUAAACAGAUGGAAAAACACAUUCAGGCAGCAGCCACUCUUCAGUCUUACUGGAGGUGUUUUAAGUCUGAUCAGCGAGACUACAAUCAAAAGAGGCAAGCAAUUGUAAAACUGCAGGCAUUCUUUCGCAUGAAAAUCCAGAGAGAUUUAUUUUUGGUCAAAAAGAUGGCUGUCUGUAAAAUACAGAAGUUUUUCAGAAAUAAAAUACAAAGAGACAGGGCUAAAAGAGAAUACCAGAGAAAGAGACGAUCAGUAAUAGUUCUACAAAGUGCUGCCAGAGGUUGGAUGGCUAGAAAACAAGCAAAACAAAGAAAAAUCAUAAUUAUCCAAACCCAGGCUGCGGCCAGAAAGUCAUUAACUGAUCGCAAGUUUCACACUUUAAGGAAAGUGUCAGAAUUUUGUAAAGAAAUCCAGCAAGCCAAAUUGCAUGGAAGGUUGAUCCAUCAACAGUGUUUGGCGCUCCAUAAAGCAGCUGUGAUAAUGCAGUCAUGCUUUACAGGACAGCAGUCUAGUAGGUUGAUGUUGCUUGAACAAGAAAGUGCCAGGAGAAUUCAGUCAUGGUACAAAGGCAGAAAACAAUACAUAUUGUACAGAGAACUAAGGCAAUCAAUCCUUGUUUGUCAGAGAACUUACAGAGCUAGUAAGUUAGCACAGUCAGAUCGAAGGAAUUUCUUGGUCCUUAAAGGAGCUGUUCUUACUAUACAGGCAUUUUAUAAAGGUUACAAGACAAGAUGCAUGUACCAAAGAAUGGAGCAGGCCAUAGUGUUGCUCCAGGCUAGUUCUAGAGGUUUUCUAGAUAGAAAAAGGAUGAAAGAACUUCAUGAAGCUGCGGCCUUUAUACAACAGGCUUUUAAAAACCACUGGAACAUCAAACUUGUCAAGGAGAAAGAAAGACAAGACUUCUUUUUACAAUUUGCCAAGCAAGUAAAGAUUCACUUGUCAGCAACAGUCCUACAGAGAUGCUACAGGACAUAUAAAGCACAGGCCAAUAAACAACUUCACAGUGCACUCAUAAUACAGAACUUGGUGAGAGGGAGAUUGUGUCGAAUUAGGUUCUUGAAGCUCAAGAAGUCGGUUCUUGUGAUUGAAACAGCAGCAUUAAAGUGGAAACACACCUGCCUUCAAAAAGAAAAACAAGCAGCUACCCUAAUGCAGGAUACACAUUUAACAAUGGAAGAAGAAAGACAAGAACAAUUACUACAAUUUGCCAAGCAAGUAAAGAUUCACUUGUCAGCAACAGUCUUACAGAGAUGCUACAGAAAAUAUAAAGCACAUGCAAGGAAACAACUACACAGUGCUCUCAUAAUACAGAACUGGGUGAGAGGGAGAUUGUGUCGCAUUAAGUUCUUGAAGCUCAAGAAGUCGGUUCUUGUGAUUGAAACAGCAACAUUAAAGUGGAAGCACGUCCGCCUUGAAAAAGAAAAACAAGCAGCCAUCAUAAUGCAGGAUACAAAUUUGACAAUGGUGGAAGAGAAGGUAAAGGAGGAGGAAGAAAAGAAAAAGUGUAAAAAAUUAGGGAGAAUGAAAAGAUUAAGAAGAUGGUUCAGAAAAACCUUUAGUUGUGUAGGAGGAAAAUCCACGAUACAUGAAUUCUGA